AUGGCGCGGUUGGGAGGGGCCUGCCUGUGCCCGCGCCUGCCACCUGCCAGCCCAGGGGGCGCUACGGACCAGGCCAGGCCCCGGAAGGCCCCCGCUGCCCGGCACGCCCGAGGCCUGCUCCCCGGGGCAGGGCUGCGUCUAGCCCCCCGGGAUGCUGACCUGGUCUCCUGGGGCCCAGAGGGGCUGAUUGACUCUGGGGUCUUCAUACCAAUCCUGGCCCCCUGGUUGCUUGGUCCUCAGAGGGCACAACAGGCCCAGCUGGAAGCCAGUCUGGCGGUCACCCGGCAGCAGACCGCCGAGGCCGAGGGCCAGCUGCAGGAGCUGCAGCAGCGCAGCAGCCAGAUCCAGAGCUCAGCCCACACCAUGGCCUCCACAGUCUCCGGCAAGGUCACCAGCCUGCUGCAGGCCCUGAAGAGGUGGGAGGCCCAGGUGCUGGAGGACAUCGAGGUGGCCAAGACACAGGCCCUGGCGGGGGUGCAGGAUGAGGAGCAGCGUGUGCGCAACCACCUGGAGGCCCUGGCUCACCACGACCGCAGGGCCCGCGACCUUCUGGAGCAGUCGGAUGACCAGCUCCUCCUCCAGGACCUGCAGCUCCCGGUACCCCCAGGGCCUCUGGGGCCACUGUCCUUCCUGCAGUGGGACGAAGACCUGCACGUGCGCAGCCUGAAGGACAUGCUGAGCCAGCCGUGUGGCCGCCUCCUGCACGAGGGCAUCCAGCCCGGGGCCCCCGCUGAGCCCGCCGACGUGCUCCCCACGAAGGCCCCUGGUCUGCCUGCGCCCGUCUGGAGCCCAGUCUGUCCACUGAGGAGGAAACUCUGGCAGAAUUAUCGCAACCUGACCUUCGACCCAGACAGUGCCAACCGCCAUUUCUGCCUGUCCCGACAGGCCCAGCAGGUGAAGCACUGCCGGAACCCCCAGGGCGCUGCCCGGCCGAGCAGCUUCGAGCUCUGGCAGGUGCAGUGUGUCCAGAGCUUCCACGCCGGGCGCCACUACUGGGAGGUGCAGAUGUCCGACCACUCGGUGACGCUGGGAGUCGCCUACCCAGCCCUGCCCCGGCGCGAGCCGGGGACCCACACAGACAACAUCGGCCGCGGGUCUGACUCCUGGGGACUCUGCGUCCAGGAGGACAGGGCCCAGGCCUGGCACGACGGGCGGGCCCAGCCCCUCCCUCAGGUGUCUGCCCGGCUCCUGGGCGUGGACCUGGAUGUGACCUCGGGCUGCCUCACCUUCUACAGCCUGGAGCCCGAGACCCGGCCCCUGCACGCCUUCUACACCGCCUUCACGCAGCCCCUCUGCCCCGUCUUCUGGCUCCUCGAGGGCAGGGCCCUGACCCUCUGUCACCAGCCCGCGGCCACGCUCCCUCCAGAGCCCCCGGAAGAGGCCACACAGGAAGGUGUGGAACCUGGGGGGGCCGAGGGCCCGGGACAGACGCCGCCAAACACGGGCACCGAAGCGCUGCCCCGGCCCCCGGCCGCGAGGCCCGAGGCCACAGCGCCAGCAGCACCCGCCUCCGAGACGGGCGCCGCGCCGGGGGCACCUGGUGCUGCCCAAGACGGCGCAGAAGCCUGUGAGGCAAAGUGACUGUCCGGUCCGCGCCGUCCCCCCACACGCAGUGGGGCUCUGGAGGCCGGGGCGGGCCCGGGGAACAGGGCAGUGGCCCCCUCCUCAUCGUAGUCUGUUUUCUUGUCAUGUUUUUGAAAACUUUACCGUGUUGGCAUCCUUUUUUUUAUAUCACACAGCCUUUUGAUUGCAGAGAAGACCCUUUAUACAAUGCAUUUUUUAAUUUAAUAAGCAUUUUUCAUUCACUAAAGUUUUCCCCAGAGUGAUUAAACUGCCACAGUCGGUCAGAUGAGCAGCCACGGGCCCCCCAGGGCGCGGCACUGUGAAGCUAGCAGAGGCCACUGCAGCAUGAGGACAGUCCCCGGCCAGGGAGUGAC